AUGCACAGUCGGGGAACCCCGGGACAAAAAAGACGCGGGCGCCGACACCGAGGCGUCGCCAACGCAGAAAACCGGCUUUAUGCUGCCGUGUCUCGCCACAACUUUUCUCUGAACUCUCUGUUGACGUUCGAGUUGGGGGUUUCUGUCUGGCCAGAGCAGGAGCUCCUCAGAAAUCCGCUUCUUGUCGCGUCGCCUACGAGCACACUUCGCCCCGCAAGGAAACGGAGAGUCGAGUCUCUCACUAGGUGUCGAGACACUGCAGUAACUUUCGACGGCGCGCGCGCAUUUUCUUUCUUCGUUUUCUUUCUUCGUUUUCUCGCAUGUCUUGAGGAGCCACGAUGUUGCGCCGUGCAGAAGACGGAAAGCGGUUCAGAGGAGGUUUUCACCGACAUUGCUGCAGCGAAGCUCCUUUGCACUCUCAGCUCGAAAACGCGCCUGCUGUACCCUGCGGCUGCGCCUGCACCUUCGUUUGCGGACGCGAGCGAAACUGCAUGCAUCGACACGAUGCUGUCUCUGGCGACCAGUCUGCAAGUUUCUUCUCUCUCUCCCAAGCAACUGGGAAGUCUCAGCUCCCAUCUGCAGCUGAGAACUUUCCUCUGUGGCUUCCACCUCUCUCUCGCCGACCUUGCAGUCUACACUCAGCUACGGAGACAUGCCAAUAACGAGCAGCAGGCCGGUGCCCCUCCUCAGGGAUGGAAGGACAAGUUCGUCCACGUUUCUCGGUGGUACGCGUUCAUCCACGGGCAGCCGCAGAUUUCCAACGUCGUCGCGGUGGCGUUGCGGAAGGCAGGCGCGAAUGCCAAAGGCGCAGAAGCCUCCAAAAACGAAGGAAAAAAGAGAGAAGGUCGCGCGAACUCUUCGGGCGCCUCGUCGCCGCCUUCUGCAGACAAACGAGCAGCUGCUGCUCAAGCUUCCUACGAAGGAAAGUUGGAAGGCGCUGUGCAAGGAAAAGUGGUGACGCGUUUCCCUCCGGAACCUUCUGGAUAUCUCCACAUCGGUCAUGCAAAAGCAGCGUUGCUAAACAGUUACUUUGCCCAGAAAUACAACGGAAAAAUGCUCUUCAGAUUUGACGACACAAAUCCUGCGAAGGAAAACUAUGAAUUUGAGUCGAGCAUUGCAGAAGACUUGCGCCUGCUGAACGUCGAGUGGGCGGCGAUUUCUCACACAUCCGACUACUUCGAGCAGAUGCAGAGUCUCUGCGAACGCCUUAUCAAAGAAGGAAAGUUCUACGUGGAUGAUACUCCGACAGAGCUCAUGCGCGAGCAGCGGGCGGAGGGGAUUGAGUCUUGUCGAAGGAACGUCCCAGUGGAGGAAAGUCUGCAAAGAUGGCGCGAAAUGUUGAAGGGCUCCGCGGAGGGUCAGAAAUGCUGCGUACGCGCAAAGAUCGACAUGCAGUCAAAAAAUAAGUGCAUGCGCGACCCGGUGAUGUACCGCUGCGUCGCGGACUGUCUCCACCACCGCCACGGCGACAAGUUCAAGGCGUAUCCGACGUACGACUUCGCCUGUCCUGUUGUCGACUCCAUUGAGGGCGUCACCCAUGCACUCCGCACAAACGAAUACGCGGACCGAAUCCCCCAGUACCAGUGGGUGCAGCAGGCCGCUGGCCUCCCGCCAGUCCACAUCUACGAAUUUAGUCGCCUCUGCUUCGUCAAAACGCUCCUUUCCAAGAGGAAGUUGAAACAGUUCGUCGACUCGGGACUCGUGGAAGGCUGGGAUGACCCGCGCAUGCCUACCGUCCGAGGCAUUCGCCGCCGCGGUCUGCAAGUCGAGGCGCUCUUGGAGUUCAUCUUGGAGCAAGGUCCGAGCAAGGCUGGAAAUCUGAUGGAGUGGGACAAACUCUGGACGAAAAACAAGCAAAUCAUCGAUCCAAUUGUCCCCAGAUUCAUGGCUGUUGGAAAGGACGCAGUGCCCGUCUGUAUCAAAGGCGCUCCAGAGACGGUGGAGAGCAAGAAGCGACGAAUGCAUGCAAAGAACGAAAGCCUCGGGGAGGCCGAUCUUCUCCUCUUCAACAAAGUCUUCAUCGACCGCGACGACGCUGCCUUGUGUGAAGACGGAGAGGAGGUCACUCUCAUGCACUGGGGCAACUGCAUUUUUGACAAGGUGGUAAAGACGGCGUCUGGAGAAAUCUCUGAAAUUCAGGCGACUCUUCACCUCGAAGGAGACUUCCGAAAAACCAAGAAGAAACUCCACUGGCUGGCGAACCUCGGCGGGGUCGCCUCCGCGCCUGCCCAGAACACAGAAUUGGUGCUGCGAGAGUACGAUCACUUGAUUACGGUGGACAAGAUCGACCAGGAAGAAGAGAACUGGGAGAAAUUCAUCAAUCGCGAGACUCGCUUCGACACCCCCGCCGUCGGUGACCCGCUCCUCAAGCAACUCAAGGAAGGCGACUUGCUGCAACUGGAGAGGCGCGGAUACUUCCGUGUAGACAAAACCGGCGAUCAACUCGUCCUCAUCAAAAUUCCAGACGGUCGGUCGAAGGCCAUGUCUGCUGUCGGCACUAAGGUGGAUGCGGCGAAGCUCUCUGGCGCGAAGAUCACCGGGAAAAAGUAA